GCCAAUGGGAGCGCGGGAUAGGAGCAACAGGAGGAAGAGGAGAGUCCAGGUGACAGUGGAACCCGCGAUAAUUAACGCCGUGUCGUCUUUUUAGAAAAUGCCAGAAUGUCCAGAGCUCCAUCUUGCCAGCGUAUAUAUUAACGCAAGAUGUGCCGGACGGCGUUUCACAGGAGCAGUUGAGAAAUCAGAGGUUAACAAGAAUGCAGAGGUGCCUUUCUCCUGCCCAGAGUAUACUAUCAGUGCCGUCUCUCGUGGGAAGGAGUUGAAGGUAAUCCUUACUCCAUUGUCAGGAAGACAUCAUGUCACCCACAUUGUCUUCCGAUUUGGUAUGUCAGGAAGUAUCACCAUGAAGAAUGUGAAUGAAAUGCCCAAACAUGCCCACUUACGUUUCUACACCAAAGAUGUUCCUCGCCAAGUACUCUGCUUUGUGGAUCCCCGGCGAUUUGGAUCAUGGCACGUGAAUGGUUCGUGGCAACCAGAACGUGGCCCAUGCGUGAUACAGGAAUACGAACAAUUCAGGGAAAAUGUUUUGAAAAACUUGUCAGACAAAGUUUUUGAUAAACCGAUCUGUGAGGCUUUACUGAAUCAGAAAUAUUUCAAUGGCAUUGGGAACUACUUAAGAUCAGAGAUUCUAUUCCGGUCACAGACCCCCCCCUUUAUGCAAGCUCGCCCCGUGUUGGAAGCUGUGAAGCACAUGGAUGAGAGCAAUGACCUCCCUCUCCGUAAGAAAGUAAAGAUAAAGAAGGAAUCUCCCGAUAUACUUGAACUAUGUUCUUUGUUGCCUAAAGAAGUUGUCAAUCUAGGAGGAAAGGGAUAUGAGCCAGGACAGUCCAAUGAUUAUUCUAUAUUGCUUAACUGGGCUCGUUGCUACUUUGUUCCUGGAAUGAAAUCUCUAAAAGAUCACAAUGGACGGACAGUCUGGUUUCAGGGGGAUCCUGGACCACUUGCUCCAAAAGGAACCAAAGGAGGAAAACCGCUGAAACGUAAAAAGGUAAAAAAAACAAAAUCCAAAGCGCGAGCUGUGAAGAAAGAAGAGAACGAUGAACAAAUUGAAAGUAAAGUAGUAAAGAGUUCAGCAAGAAAAAGAGUCAUGAAAUCAAUCAAGGUGGAGGAAGAAGAUGGAAUUAAAAUUGAGAAGCCACAUAGGACUAAGAGAACCAGUCAAGGAGUGGGCAAUAAGAAGACAAGCAGGAGAGGAUCAGCUCCGAAAACAUCAUCCCAACCCCAGAACAUCAAGGCUACAGUGCAGACGUCCAAGGUUCCCCGUGCUGUUAAAGCCAAAACACCUCAGAGGAAAACUGCCAUCCCAACACGGGAAUCUUCCAGAAUUAGAACCCUGCGGAAAAGUGGUGGCCGUGCGGCUGAAAGUACUACGGACUGAACUCUGCUGAUGGAAUUACACUGAAUAACCGAAUGCUCAGAUGUUUUGUUGUUUUUCCUGUGGAUUAAGGCUAAUGUUCUUUUUUAAAUUGUGUAAAAAUGUUAAUGUUAAACCCUACCACCCCCCUGCCCCCUUCCAAAAAAAAAAAAAAUAGUAAGAUUAUAAUAUGAAAAAUGUUCAAUAUGUUAACAUGUUAAUUGAAUUAGUCAUCUGUAAUAUAUGUAAUAGAAAAUGUGCACUUCCAUUACCUGCCUCUUUUGAACAAACUCCCCAACUUGCACCUGUCUCCAUCCUAUAAUGCUGAAAUGUUGAUUUUUAUUUUAUUUACACACAAUGCAAGACCUUUUCCAUGUAAUAAGAAAUAAAUCUAUAUCAAUUGUU